AUGCACAUCAACGACUUGCCCCACGAGAUCCUCUCCGACAUUUUGCUGCUCGCCACCAAGGCCAACGAACAGGAAGGCGAGACCUACACCUACGGUCUCAGCCAGGCACCUCUCCCUCUCGAGCGUGCUAAACUCCAGAAGUAUGUCCGCGGCCCUGUGACGGCCGAGUCCCUGCGAUGGGACGCCACCUCAUCCAUCCGCCAAGCCUGCUCUCGAUGGCAUGAAUGGGCCCUCUCCUAUAACCUAGAGCAAGUCUUCGAGCGCAAGUGGCGAGGGGGCGAGCGAUGGGCCAACUUGUCUCACACUCGUCGGAAGAUGAGCCUCUACGAACUCAUCGACUAUCCUUCCGGCCAGGCUGUCUACCGCGACCCCUUUGGCACUCUCAAGGAGACCAACCGAGUGUUCGCGAGCAACCCACAUCUUACCAAGCAUGUGCGGCGGCUGUGGUUCAACGGCUACUACACGGCCGAGACGGACGAGAUGAUCCUGUCCAUCGUGUCUGAGUGCUCGGAGCUGCAAUCCCUUAGUGUGCCAUGGACGGUUCUGCGACGAAGCACUGCUGAAGACUGGGUCGAUCUGCUGAAUGUCAACACUGGCCACGGCUCUGCAUUGCAGUCCCUCGAGAUGCAAGCUGUCUGCCUUCCCAAGGAUCAAGCCGAUGCCCUCGAGAAAGAUAACUCGCCAAACGCUCUGGCCGAUCCAAGAGUCGACUUCAGCGCCUUGAAGCGCCUGAAGGUCUUCGGCAACACCCUGCACAAGCCUGUCUGCGAUGAAGACCUCCAACUCAUGGCACGCACGGCUACCAACCUCGAAGCUCUCGACUUCACCAACCUCUCCACCAUCUCUGUCGCCGGCAUGCUGGCGCUGGUCAAAGCCUCUCACGACACAUUGCAGGUUCUCGAGCACUCUCCGCGCUCUGACGACGGCUUCUACCAUCCAUACCCCGGCCACCUCGAGACCAACGAACACAUCUGCGAGCUUCUCACCUCUCUUCCUAAGAUGCGCGACCUCUCCAUCUCUGUCCCCUACAUGUGCGCCGACCUCUUCAGCAACACCGAAGUGCAAUGGAACGGUGAAUGUCAAGUCAGAGCCACCGAUCUCUGCGGCUGCGACAGCAACACUCCAUCUGGAAUCCGCGCCGCCAAACUUCGCAAGGUCUUCGCCGCAGCCCGCGACCUCAUCUCCGCUCGUCAGCGUGUCCACCACAAACUCUCCGUGGAGCUCUUCUUCGCUGGAUGUAUCUUCGAGCCAGAGAAGAACCUCGUCCACGGCGACUUCGUCCUUGCCGAGAUUAGAAGCAAUGGCCAGUGGCCUCAAGGACGACAGACUAGCACGAAGGGACCCUAUGGAACGACGGGUGUGUAUGGCAAGGAAGACGACCACAACAACUGGGAUGCAGUUUGGGAGGAUGAGUACUUGCGGGCGGUUGAGGCGGGAUGGAUCCAGUUGUGA